UCUCUAAAAGGGUGCCGCACAUUUUGCAUAACCACAACCCGCAUUGCCGCACAAGGUUUCGGCUCGGACCUUAUGGUCAAAAUUCCAGUCACGUGGUUCUCAUCACGUGGCCCGGAGCUCCAGCGCCACAACGCGAGCCAGCGCGGGGACCGUUGGAUCGGCGUGGUGCUUGGCUUGUAAAACUUGUAAAACUGAGACAAACUCCUGGAAGAAACGAUAAGGCAUAAAAAAACAGCCAUGGUAAGGCAUGGUAUCAGUAAGGCAUAUCAGUGUUUACAGGCUGUGUGGAAGGGGUUUGCGGACGGAGCAGCGCGUGCGGGUGUAGAUGCUCAGGAGAACAGACGUCAGCGAAGCUCCAUCCUUCAGCACUGAGUGCACUCAGCAUUCAUGCCACACUGCAAGGUAUGCAAGCCUAAGGCUUUCCAGCUAAGUUAACCUUGAGGAUGACACUAAGAAAAUAGGCUCUGCAAAAGUUUCUUCAUUUCUCCCGAUCAUCAAAUAUGCUGCCUAAAGAACACAGCAGUGAGGACAAAGCAGCCAAACUUAUGCAGUAUGAGAAGAAGAUCAAAACUGCCAAAAAAGAAGAGAAUAUGCGUUAUGUGGCUCCACCGGAUGGAGGGUGGGGCUGGAUGGUUGUUCUCCACUGCUUUCUGGUGAACGUGCUGGUGAUGGGAACGUUGAAGACUUUUGGGAUCUUCUUCGUGGCGUUGCAAGACGAUUUCGGGGGCUCGUCCGAGAGCAUCAGCUGGAUCGGCUCCAUCAUGUCCAGCAUGAGACUCUCAGGAGGUCCUCUGGCCUCUAUCGCCUGUGCUAAGCUGGGGAACAGAGUCACUUCCAUCAUGGGAGCCAUACUGGUUACUGUAGGCUUUCUCAUCAGCAUUUUUGCUUACAGUAUCAUCUACUUGUACAUCAGCAUGGGGCUGGUGGUGGGUCUUGGUUUUGCACUGCUGUACCAAGCCUCAUCUGUUGUGAUGGCAACAUAUUUCCGUACGAGGUUAGCCACAGCGUACUCUAUUGGCCGUUCUGGCAUGGGCUUGACCUUUGCGCUGGCACCCUUCACACAGCUGCUUCUGGAUCAUUAUGCAUGGCAGGGGGCUCUAUUGAUUUUGAGUGGUCUGAUGUUGAACCUGGUGGCUUCCGCAAUGCUGCUGCGGCCCAUCCAAAUGGUGCCUGCUGCCAUACUUCGGCCUUCUUCCCCCAACCUCAGCCGAGAUGUGCCUGCUUCUCUAACACAACCAGAGAAGGAGCCUCUUGAGAAGAGUCACAAAGUGACUAUAACCACGUCUAAUGGCAUCACCAAAACAGGAGCUCCUUCUUUUCAAAUGGAUCCACUUAUUAUUGAGAACACAUCUCUUGGGCAUGGAAAACUCCAAUCCAUGGAGCUAAGGAACCUGGUCCAGAAUGGUGGCAAAGAAUUGGACAACUGCCAAGUAAAAGUUUGUUCAGAGACGAAUGGCAAAUUGACUGUGAAUUCCUUAUUAAAGGAGAAAAAGACUGAAACCAAAAAGGCCCAAAUCUUCGAUUUCUCACUUAUAAAAAAUCCUUUUUUUUGGAUAUACACCUGGUCGGUUGUCUUUAGUCAGUUGGCGUACUUUAUCCCCUUCUUUCACCUAUCAGCAAGGGCCAGGACUUUGGGCAUUGACCCCAUGGAUGCAUCUUUUAUCAUAUCUGUUGCAGGUAUAACAGAAACCGUGGCUCAGCUGGGUUCUGGCUGGCUGACAGACAGGAACCUAGUGCAUAAGUACCAUUACCACAAGGCUUAUCUGAUCUUGUGCGGGAUCAUCAACUUGCUGUCCCCACUCGCCACCUCCUACAUACAGCUCAUGAUCUACGCAGUUUUCUUUGCCAUAUUCUGUGGCGGAUACAUGGCUCUGCUCCUGCCAGUCAUGGUUGACUUGGUAGGAUCUGAAAAGGUGAACAACUCAAUGGGUUUUUCCAUGUUCUUUGUGGGGCUUGGCUGUUUAACGGGUCCUCCGCUGGCCGGUUUCCUGUACGACUACACCCGAACCUAUGACUGCUCAUUCUACUUAGCUGGAGUAUGUUACCUGCUCUCAUCAGUUUCUCUCUUCUUGGAGCCACUUGCACAGCACUGGCAGGCCAGGAAAAAGCAACAGGAGCUGCUCAAAAAAGAGCAAGGGUGGAGCAGUGGCUGCUUUUGUCCAACAUCUCAGAGAAAUGGGGUGGUAUAAAUAUAAAACAUGGCUGUGGCACUCACUUUGUUUAGGGUUUAUUAUUUUUUUCAAACUUCUCUUAAAGUGGACUUGACCUCAAGUUUGUAGAGGACAGAGGCACUAGCCUUUUAAAGGAAGGAGUUUUUGUGAAAGUAUGACCAACUUGACCAGAUGAUAUGGACUUUAAAUUCCAGUAAAGCAAAAUGACUUGAUAUAUUAGAUACAAAAUAAAAAGGUAAGAAAACUAUUAAUUUAAUGCCUACCUAUCUCAAUAGAUAGAUAGAUAGAUAGAUAGAUAGAUAGACAUUAAAUCUAAAGUAUACUGUUAUGUAUUACUGAUCAAAACAUACAUGUUAUAAAAAUAUUACCCUUAAAAUGCUUACAACAUUCAAUGUCAAUACCAAGUAUCUGUUAUGUAAUUUAGCUGCUGAUUUGAGCUGUGAUGAUUUUCCUCAUAUGCAGUUAUACAGAAUGAUUUAUUUUCAUGCUUUAUUAUUAGCAUAGCUCUAAACAAUAAUGUUAGUAUUCAUGCAUGAGGCCGAACCACUACAUAAAAUAGAUCUGCAUUGUUUCAAGGUAUGUUGCAAGGUGUUUUGGGGUCACUGUGUUUCUGGAUUCCAGAAAUGGAUUUUUUUUCUGGUCCCAAAUUUCAGUUGUGUCAGCAACUAUUCACUAAGAAGAAAAGAAGUUCAGCUUCGAACUGCUUUAAACCUGAUGGGAGCGAAAAUACUUCAUGGGCUAAUGUCUAAAAGAUUUAGGGCAUUUGCUACACUAUUAGUAAACUAGUAAACUUCUAGUAAACUAGAAAUUAUUGAAAUAGCUGUAGUGUUCGGUUUCUCACCAGUAGUUGCCUUUUUAUUGCAUAACCAGACUAACUUGAGAUAUGAGCCAAAGAUAGAUAGAUAGAAGAAAGUUUUUCUUUCUUCAUUUUUUUCACAGGCUUGUGUAGGAUUUUACUUUUUUAUGUUUCAAAAAAACCAAAAGGUUUUCUCGGUACUUGUUUUUUAAUGGUUGCUCUUUAGAUGCCACAUAGUUUCUUUUGUCAUGGAGUCCUCUAGUGGUGCAGAGAUUGUACUACUACAGUCUAAUACAGUGCUAACUACUGUGCAUGUCUGUGAGAGAGAAGUACUGUGCAAAUGUCUGAGACAGACUGUGUUUUCAAGUAAAAACUGUUAUAUCCUUUUGUUUUGUUUUGUUUUUACAUUGUGGGACUUUGCAAAAACAUUUCAAACAUCAGUAUUUCACCAGAAAAAUUAAAGGUUAAAGAAAUGUAUUUGCAUGCCAGAAAAGAAAUCAUCUUUAACAGCCAAAAUCUUUAGAUGAACUGUGGGUGUUUCUGCAUAUAUUUUUUAGCCACCCUUGCUCUACAGCAUUUCUAUACAUUUUCCUUUUGCACAGUACUGUACACACAUCAUUUUAUAUAAAUAAUGAAAAAAGUGACAAAAACUUAGGUGGUAAGUUAGUGGAGCACCAAUUAAAUACACUCCUGUUGAGAAUCUGACUUUUGUCCUAUUUUAGUAAAUUGUUUUGAUGCUUGAAUAUCUCUGAAGGCAGCGUUUUCAGUGUGAUUGGGACGCACUGCUUAUUUAAUCUCCCAAUACUUUUUUUUUUCUCAUGGGGCCAUGGACUGAAUGAUUAAAGGCCAUAAAAGCUUCUCUAUAAGCCACAGAUUACAAUUUAAGAAUAAAGCAAUUAAACAUGAGAGUACACUGAGUUGGCACAGUGUCUCACUGUGUAUGGACAUUAGGUUUGUCUUUUUUAUUUGGAUAUAUUGUACUGUGUAAAAAGUGGAAUUCUUAUGAUUGUAAAGAUUUCCAUAACU